CCAGGAUGCUGGCUUUUUGGUUUUUGUUUGUUGCUGUAUCGUUCUCGAGUGCAUUUUCAGUUGACUCCGACAACUCGCAAGCGGGAUGGCAUGCACCUGGAUGUCACAAAGUUGGUCACACACGGAAAAUCAGCAUCCCGAAUUGCGUAGAGUUCCACAUGACAACAAAUGCCUGCCGCGGAUACUGCGAAAGUUGGGCAGUUCCCUCCAGUCCUCUCAUUACCCCUAGCCAGCCAGUGACGUCCGUUGGAGAAUGCUGCAACAUCAUGGAAGCUGAACCAGUCGAAAAAAAGGUACUUUGCGUUGACGGAGUUAGGACCCUGAUCUUUAAAUCGGCUGUCACUUGUUCGUGUUACCAUUGCAAGAAAGACUAAGGACUCAUGCCACUUCUGUAACAUAAAGCCAUCACUGUAAAUUUGAAUAAACCUAUCUAUAUUGUAUAUAUUGUGCUGACUGACCUGACUGAUUUUAUUGUACAUUAAGUUCAUUAAAUGGUUUUAUUUCUUAAAA